CUUAUCCAAUCACUAACACAUCACUCAGAUAAUAAUGUAAUUGUAGAUUGUACUCUUAAUAGCCUUAAGGAUUCUUCCGUGAAAGCAAAGCCAGACUUAUCUUCAAUCUUCAUCCUGUCUAUUUCAAAUUUUCCAUUUCAACACUCUUUGAAGUGGCCCCCCAAUUUCUUGGGUCACUUCACAUAUUUUUGUUUCUUUCUCCCCAUAUAAAUCUUCAAUUUUUUUAGCUUCCAUUGUCAAUAUUCAAUUCAUGCUUUCUUCUCAUAUAACCUAAACAAUUAAAGAGUUUCUUUGAAGAUUACUUAACAAAUUUUUGCAGGUGAACAUCACAAUUUAAUUCAAUGCAAGGGAAUAAUAUAUAAUUUACAACAAUAUAAUUUAUUGGCAUGCAUAUGUUUAGUAUAAUAAUUCCAAAGAUCAACACUUUAUUGGUUAUACUACUAUAAUAGGAAUUCUGCAAUUUUCAGAAGAUUGAUUGAAGAUUAAUGUGUUAAAGCAGCAAUGGGUGGAUAUUGUUUCUUGCUACUCCUAGUAAUUGGUUCAUGUACUCUGUAUAAUUCUUAUGGGAUUGGAAGGUUCAUUAAACAGAAUGAAACAGCAGCACUCAUAGUGGAGACUUCAUCUGGGGGCAGGCAGAUUCCAGAUACAUUGUUUGGGAUAUUUUUUGAGGAAAUUAAUCAUGCUGGAUCUGGUGGCCUUUGGGCUGAAUUAGUGAGUAACAGAGGUUUUGAAGCUGGAGGUCAUCACACUCCGUCAAACAUCAAGCCUUGGUCAAUAAUCGGAGAUGACUCAACUAUAACUGUUGUUACGGAGCUUUCAUCAUGCUUUGAGCGCAACAAAAUGGCUCUUCGGAUGGAUGUUUUAUGUGACGAUUCUGGUCCCAACGCUUGUCCAAAUGGAGGUGUAGGAGUCUAUAACCCUGGAUUUUGGGGGAUGAACAUUGAACAAGGGAAGACAUAUAAAGUAGUCUUCUAUAUUCGAUCAAAAGGAUCAAUCGAUGUUGAUGUGUCAUUGACUAGCUCAAAUGGAGGGGAAGUGCUCGCUACCAUGAAUGUUGUCGCCAAUGAAACACAAGUUACUGAUUGGAAAAGGAUGGAGGUUAUGCUCGAAGCCAAAAGUUCUAAUUCAAAUUCAAGGCUUCAGUUAACAUCCAAAAGAAAGGGAGUACUUUGGAUUGAUCAAGUGUCUGCGAUGCCAACAGAUACAUAUAAGGGGCAUGGAUUCCGUAAGGACCUCUUUGAAAAACUUGUUGCAAUGGAACCAAGAUUUCUCAGAUUCCCAGGUGGCUGUUUCGUUGAAGGCGAAUGGCUAAGAAAUGCUUUCCGUUGGAAAGAAACUGUUGGUCCGUGGGAGAACAGGCCAGGACAUUUUGGAGAUGUUUGGAUGUACUGGACUGAUGAUGGACUUGGGUAUUUCGAAUUCCUCCAAUUGGCCGAAGAUCUUGGGGCAGCCCCAGUUUGGGUAAUUAAUAAUGGAAUUGCGCAUCAAGAUCAAGUUGAAACAUCGGUGAUUUCUCCAUUUGUGCAAGAAAUGCUAGACAGCAUAGAGUUUGCUAGAGGUGAUCCUUCUUCUCAAUGGGGUUCCCUUCGAGCUGCAAUGGGUCAUCCAGAGCCUUUUGAGCUCAAAUACAUUGCUAUUGGUAAUGAAGAUUGUGGAAAACCAUAUUAUCGAGGAAAUUACCUCAAGUUUUUCGCUGCAUUAAGAAAAGCCUAUCCAGAUAUCCAAGUAAUAUCAAAUUGUGAUGGCUCAUCCACUCCAUUGGAUCAUCCAGCCGAUAUGUAUGAUUUUCAUAUAUACACAUCUGCAAAUGAUAUGUUCUCUAAGUAUCAUAAGUUUGACAAUACACGGCGUAAUGGGCCAAAGGCUUUUGUAAGUGAGUAUGCUGUUACCGGAAAAGAUGCUGGCACCGGAAGCCUUCUUGCUGCGUUGGCCGAAGCUGCAUUCCUUAUCGGAAUAGAGAAAAAUAGUGAUGUUGUUCAAAUGGCAAGCUAUGCUCCUCUUUUUGUGAAUACGAAUGAUAGACGAUGGAACCCUGAUGCAAUUGUUUAUGAUUCCUCACGUGUCUAUGGUACACCUAGCUACUGGAUGCAACUGUAUUUCGCAAAAUCCAGUGGGGCAACUCUUCUCAAAACCGCACUUCAAGCUAGUUCAUCUGCUUCUCUAGUUGCCUCUGCGAUUAGUUGGAAAAGUGCAACAGACAACAAGGAUUACAUAACUGUCAAGAUUGUGAAUUUCGCUAGUAGUUAUGUGAACCUCAAGUUGUCUAUUGGUGUCAAUGGAAAUUCUGUCCGGCUAGCUGGGUCAAAGAAGACUGUUAUGUCUUCUACAAAUGUAAUGGAUGAAAAUUCGUUUCAAAGUCCUGAGAAGGUAGUUCCAUCUUCUACCGAAUUCACUAUAACUGGCAGAGACACGAAUAUCGUGCUCCAGCCAUAUUCUUUCACAUCAUUUGACGUCGUACAAGAACAUUCAAGUCAUCUGUUAAUCAAAGAAGCAAAUUCUGGCCUUGAAUCUUCUUUCUAAGUCGAUUCACACACAUUUCACACACAUUUUACACACACGAAACUAAAUAAUAUACCGUUGUAUUCAAACGAUCGUCAUUUUCAGUAAGAAGUCCGGUUCUCGGAUCUUGGCUCUAGGGUUUGGUUCAAUUCUAGUCCAAAAGCUUUAUAUCAAGUUGGUUUUUUUCUUACACUUCAUUUAUUUCAGGUGCAUUAAUUGUAUUGUGUUAUUUGUAUAUAACUUCAUAGUUUAUGUAACUUUCAAGGUUGGGCUAAUGAGCCUAACAUAUGUAGAUGUCAUUCUGAUCUAAUGAAUAAAAGAAAAAGAAGAAAAAACCUUUGAAGUGA